UGUCCCUAUUACUGUAUGACGAAGUGUCUGAGAAGGCCAAGGGGCUCUCCCUGGCUGCACAAGCAUGUAAUCCUACGCGAAAUUCUUCCACGGGACGCUCUUCCGCACCCCCUUGCCCCCAGGUCCCGGGGAGCGGGCACAGGCCCUGCGCCUCGGGCCGGCCCCGCUGUGCCCAUUGGCUGCGGCGGGGGGAGUGGCGGCAGCGGCGCGGCCUGGGACGGCCGGCUGGCUUGGCUCGGUUUGGCUCGGCUCGGCUUCGCUCGGCCCGGCCCGGCCAUGCUGGUGGGCGCCCCGCGGCUCCCGGGCCGCUUGCUGGGGCUGCUGCGCCCGCUGCUCGCCCGCGGGUACCGCGGCGAGGCGGUGGCGGCGGUGGGGUCGCGCCCCGACGCGAGCUCCGCGCUCUAUCAGGAAAAUUAUGAACGAAUGAAAGCACUGGUAGCUGAACUACAAGAACAUGCAGAAAAAAUCAGAUUAGGAGGUGGAGAAAAAGCUCGUCAGCGUCACACAUCAAGAGGAAAGCUGUUACCCAGAGAGAGAAUUGAUAGGCUUAUUGAUCCUGGUUCCCCGUUCUUGGAGUUUUCCCAGUUUGCUGGUUACCAGUUGUACGGUGAUGAGGAGGUACCUGCAGGAGGCAUUAUCACGGGCAUUGGACGAGUAUCUGGGGUGGAAUGCUUGAUUGUUGCUAAUGAUGCAACUGUCAAAGGUGGUACCUAUUAUCCCAUCACUGUUAAGAAACACUUACGUGCUCAAGAAAUUGCAAUGCAAAAUCAUCUCCCUUGCCUUUAUUUGGUUGAUUCAGGAGGAGCAAAUUUACCUCGUCAAGCGGAAGUAUUUCCAGAUCGAGAUCACUUUGGCCGUAUUUUCUAUAAUCAAGCAGUCAUGUCCUCACAAGGAAUUCCACAGAUAGCAGUAGUAAUGGGAUCCUGUACAGCAGGAGGAGCAUACGUACCUGCAAUGGCUGAUGAAAGUAUUAUUGUUGGCAAACAGGGAACAAUAUUCCUGGGAGGGCCACCAUUGGUUAAAGCAGCAACGGGUGAAGAGGUAUCAGCAGAGGAUCUUGGAGGGGCAGAUCUUCACUGCAGAAAAUCAGGUGUAACAGAUCACUAUGCUUUGGAUGACAAUCAUGCACUUCAUCUAGCAAGGAAAGUUGUAAGAAGUUUAAAUCUCCAGAAGAAAAUAGACGUGACUAUAGAACCAUCAGAAGAGCCUUUAUUUCCGGCUGAUGAAAUAUAUGGAAUAGUUGGUGACCAGCUAAAAAGAAAUUUUGAUGUCAAAGAGGUCAUUGCUAGAAUUGUGGACGGAAGUAGAUUUGAUGAAUUCAAAGCCUUGUAUGGGGACACACUAAUAACAGGAUUUGCAAGAAUUUUUGGUUACCCAGUAGGAAUUAUUGGAAACAAUGGAGUUCUUUUCUCAGAGUCAGCAAAAAAGGGUACGCAUUUUAUCCAGUUGUGUUGCCAGAGAAAUAUUCCCAUUGUGUUUUUACAGAACAUUACAGGUUUCAUGGUUGGUAGAGAAUAUGAGGCUGGAGGGAUAGCAAAAGAUGGUGCCAAGAUGGUAACUGCUGUAGCUUGUGCCAAUGUACCUAAAAUAACCGUGAUUAUCGGUGGUUCUUAUGGAGCUGGAAACUAUGGGAUGUGUGGAAGGGCAUAUAGUCCAAGAUUUCUAUAUAUGUGGCCAAAUGCUCGCAUAUCAGUGAUGGGAGGGGAACAAGCUGCAACUGUUCUAGCUACAAUAGCUAAGGACCAAAAAGCAAGGGAGGGAAAACAGUUGUCUGAGGCAGAUGAAGCAGCUUUGAAGGAGCCAAUCAUUAGGAGGUUCGAGGAAGAAGGAAACCCUUAUUAUUCCAGUGCAAGAUUAUGGGAUGAUGGAAUUAUUGAUCCUGCUGACACAAGACUGGUUUUGGGACUCAGUCUCAGCGCAGCAUUAAACGCACCUACAAAGAAGACAGAAUUUGGAGUUUUCAGGAUGUGAUCUUAAACAUACAACUGUCAGAAUUACCUCUGUGUAUUUUGUUUGGGGAUGGACAGCAAACUUACUGCAAUGUCGCAGUGAUGAAAAAAUAAAGAUUUGUAUAAUGCAAUUUUUACUGCAAAUUUUGUAAUUAUUUUCGCUGGUUGUCACACAGUGCUUCAGUGUUUUCAUAGUGAUUUGGGGUAAGUCACAGUGCUUGGGUAACUGCAUUGCACGAAUAAACUACAGGUUCUAGCAUUAUAGUUCAUGUAUGACAAGAAACCAUUGGUACUAUCUCAUAUAAAUAAAUCUGCAAAAUAUGCUACAUA